UACCAAACCGCUGGACGUGCGACAUUGAAAGAAAUUUGUGACCAGUCAAUGAAAUCCUGCCUCCGCACUCGUUUAAUGACUGAACCGCACAAUAUGUACGUUGCAACGCGGCCUGCCGGUAGUCCACAAUUUACCGACGGUAAUUUAGUAAAACGAAAUCGUUAAAUCGGUCCACGGACGAUUUGAGUUCUCGCACAUUUCCCGUCCGACCGGUGCCGCGUGUUUUCGGCCCUUUCAACCACCCAAAUUCCUGUGUCUGUGCGCGUUUCUGUGCCCUCCUAGGAAUUUUUGUGCCGUUCGGUGUGUACGUCUAACAGCUGAUUUGGACAUUGCAUGUGCGUUGACGGGACGGCGGUGGAGUUGCGGAAGGUGUGCGGGGGUGUGGGACGCGGCGCGUGCCCAGUCUCCGUCUGGCAAACGGUCGUGUGGCGGCGGCCCAGUCCGAAGAAGAGAUCCGCUCGCCGCCUCCGCACCGCCUAGCCAAGGAUGACUCGAUCAAGAUCAGCAUCGAGAACACGAACACGUGCACGGACUCUCUGGUGACGGCCAUCGAUGAUGAAACGUUGCUCAUCGCUGACUACCUCUCCAACGACAUGAACUACAAGGGCUCGGGCAAGGUCCACUUCGGUGUGGACGAUGUGUCCCUAUACGGCACCCCCAAGGAGGAACCAGGUCCUACUCCCCUGGGUUCCGUGGAGGCUGGCAAGCAGAGCUUCAUCAAGAACCAGCUCCAAGCUCUCUUCCAGCCCACUGACAACAAGUUGGCUAUGAAACUUUUUGGCUCCAAAAAGGCGCUGAUGAAAGAGAGAAUAAGACAAAAAGCCUCUGGUCAUUGGGUGAUACAUCCUUGCUCCAGUUUUAGGUUUUACUGGGACCUGUGUAUGCUACUGCUGCUAGUCGCAAAUUUGAUUAUUUUACCUGUAGCUAUAAGUUUUUUCAAUGAUGAUCUGAGCACACGGUGGAUAGCGUUCAAUUGUUUAUCGGAUACGAUAUUCCUCAUCGAUAUUGUUGUCAAUUUUAGAACAGGGAUAAUGCAACAAGAUAAUGCAGAACAAGUGAUACUAGAUCCUAAACUGAUAGCCAAACAUUAUUUGAGGACGUGGUUCUUCCUUGAUCUGAUUUCGUCCAUCCCCUUAGAUUACAUAUUUCUUAUAUUCAAUCAAUUCCAGGACUAUGGCGAUAGUUUUCAAAUUUUACAUGCAGGACGUGCCCUGCGUAUCCUAAGACUUGCGAAGUUGCUUUCUUUGGUGCGACUACUUCGUCUUUCACGGCUGGUUCGAUAUGUCAGCCAAUGGGAAGAAGUCUACAUCUUGCAGAAUCUCCAAAAAAAGCGAACGGAACGGAGGGGGCGCCUCAGUUCGGACCUGAACAAGUCCGGUUACACCAAAAGCAAUCUCAUCUUUAAGUUCCUGAACAUGGCGAGUGUGUUCAUGCGGAUUUUCAAUUUAAUCUGUAUGAUGCUACUAAUUGGACAUUGGUCUGGAUGCCUUCAAUUUUUGGUACCAAUGUUGCAAGGAUUUCCUCCAAAUUCGUGGGUAGCAAUUAAUGAGCUUCAGGGAGCCUUUUGGCUGGAGCAAUACUCCUGGGCUCUCUUCAAGGCGAUGUCCCAUAUGCUAUGCAUAGGAUAUGGAAAAUUUCCACCUCAAUCUCUCACUGAUAUGUGGCUGACCAUGCUAUCAAUGAUAUCCGGGGCAACCUGCUACGCUUUGUUCCUUGGACACGCUACCAAUUUAAUACAAAGUUUGGAUUCAUCACGCAGACAAUACAGAGAAAAGGUGAAGCAAGUGGAGGAGUACAUGGCCUACCGGAAGCUACCCAGAGAGAUGCGACAAAGAAUCACCGAAUAUUUCGAACACCGUUAUCAGGGAAAAUUCUUCGACGAAGAGUGCAUCUUGGGAGAGCUGUCGGAAAAACUUCGAGAAGAUGUCAUCAAUUACAACUGCAGGUCUUUGGUGGCAUCGGUUCCAUUUUUCGCCAAUGCCGAUUCGAAUUUCGUCUCGGACGUGGUUACAAAAUUGAAAUAUGAAGUCUUCCAACCAGGUGAUAUCAUAAUUAAGGAGGGAACGAUCGGUUCAAAGAUGUACUUCAUCCAGGAAGGUAUAGUAGACAUCGUUAUGUCCAACGGUGAGGUGGCGACAAGCCUGAGUGACGGCUCGUAUUUCGGAGAGAUCUGUCUCCUGACGAACGCAAGGAGGGUAGCUUCAGUGAGGGCGGAAACUUAUUGUAAUUUAUUUUCGUUAUCAGUGGAUCAUUUUAACGCCGUACUCGAACAGUAUCCAUUGAUGCGUCGAACUAUGGAAUCGGUAGCAGCGGAGAGGUCAGUGCGUUGGUUGAACAAAAUAGGCAAAAGCCCCAAUUUGCUAUCGAACAGAGAAGAAGACCUGGGGAGUGAAAGUAAAACGAUUAACGCCGUGGUGAAUGCAUUAGCUAACGAAGCCGAUCACGUCAACGUUUCAGACGAAUCUAUGGUGAAACUCCAUUCUAGCGAAAGAAGUCUACAGGAGCUUGGUCGCACUCUGCACAGGUUCACGUUACCUAGACCAAAGUCGGAGAACAACUUUGCAUCUCAAGAUAUGCCAUUGACAAGGGGCAACCAGAACAAUGGCAGACCCUCAUUCCAUAAAUCAGAUACUUUUCAGAAAGAAUCAUCGUUUCAAUGACGCCACUCUACGCACUAGUGCUAUCUGGUGACGAGUUGAAUAAGCCGAGAGCUUUCGCUGACUUCGAUCUAGUUGACCGUGAUAUUGAGCACAGUACGAUGCUCAUAGAACUCCAUUUGUUCUUACUUUUUCCGCAUUUCAUAACAUCAAUUUUUUUCUUGUCAGCUUCACUCACAUCGGGCUCAAUAUUCAUAUGACAUUUGCUCAUUUUUAAGAAUCUUUUCGUUUUCAAAAGACGACAAUUCCACGUAUAUAUAAACAUAAAACGUUGAUCAGUAAUAUUCCUACAGGAUGUUGAGAAACAACGAGAAAAAAGUACUUUGUUGAAUGAAUUUAUCCGGCAGAAAACUUAAUACAUUCCCACAUUGUUAUCAAAUAAAAUAAAAAACUAAUACCUGAGCAGGAGAGAAAUAGUUAAAAAAAAAUACCAUGACACAUUUGACUUUGAAUUUGUUGAUAUCGUUAUUGCAGAAAGAUUUGAAGGUAUCUCUUCUUUUAAUUUACAAGCAUUUUUUAGCAUAGUUCAUUUUUAAGUAAUUUAUUUAUACCUUAUUCUACUUAUUGAAUAUCCACUUGAUUUAGUUGAAUGAGAAAUCGAAUUCUAACGUUAUUGUGAUGUUUUCCAGAAUGACAAGAUAUCGUUACAAAUUGAAACACAUUGUUAAACUUAGGAAUGAUCGUUAGAUUAUCUUCACUUAAAUGUUCGAAAACCGUCCAUGUCAAAUCGAGAUCAUCUCAACUGCUUCUUCAUAACUGCGAUAAUAUAAUUUUCUAUCAUUCCAACUCAUCUGCAUAGUCAUCUCUUUGAAGUCAAGCUCUCGUCACCUGAAGAAAAUCUCUUAUGAUUUUCUUCAUCCUGAACGAAAAGAAGUACUAGUGCGUAUAAAAGUGCUUUGCUAUUACAAUGAAGCAAUAUGUGCACGGACACUAAAAAGCUAAUUUUGUGCAAUAUUAGAUUAAAGUACCUUGAUAAGUUAGCUUUAAAUACUAGGUGCUCAAUAAAUUGAAAACAAAUAGUGAAUCUCACCUCUUGACGGUUUAUUUUAAAUUCUACAGCGUUAAUCGCUUUCCAAUUGAUUAGGUUUCAGCAUCUGUAAUGAAGCGUCAUGCUGAACCUUGUUAUUUAUUUUAAUGUCGAUUAGAUGAAUCAAAAUUAGGCCUAAACCACGUUUUAUAACAAAUAUCUUAUCAGUAGUGAUUUCGAUCAACCUACAAUUAAACAGUUUCUAUUUGAAAUUAGUGGAUAUGUCAACCUUGAUUAUUUUUUCCUGAUGCAAUUUCAUUUGGUCAAAAAAUUCAUAACUGAAUCAUAUAUUCAUUUCAUAAUUAUGAUAAUCCUGAAGAUGUUAACGUAAGACAUAUUAAAUUUGGUGACUAAAAUUGCAAAUGACUACCUUAACUGUAUCACUUGAUCAUUAGGACGGACUCUGAAAAUGAGAAUGAAAUGGACUGAUAUGUAACAAUGUUACAUAUACGAGAAUUAAGUUUAAAAACGAAGCCUUUUUUCAAACUUAUUGCAAUAACUAGAUCCAAUUGCCCAGUUAAUUUGGAAGUUCAUCUUAAAUUUUCUUGAUAAUUAGAUUCGUACUUAUAAUGUCCCAAGAACAAAUAUAUUCAAGGAUGAUAUUUCCAUACUACAAAUCUAAUCCGAUUUUUUUCUAACUAUCGGUAUAUCAAAUUCAAUUUGUUAAAAGAGACUUCAUGUCAAUUAUUAUUGUACCUAACAGUUCACAUAGAGAAUAUGAAAAAAGAGUGUGGUUACUGAAAUGUCAAUUGAAAUCAAAAUAGAAAUAAGAAGUUGAGUAACAAUAAUUGCCUCUUUAAUUCAUGGAACAUAAAUCUUCAUAUCACGUUAAGUAAAAAAUGUAGAUAAUAUAUUAAUACACCUAAACUUCAAUAUAAAAUUGAUCAUUGCAGAACGUUUGUAUAAAAUUUAAAAUUUCAACGCACACUUUAUGAUUAUAUUGAAUCAAAUUGGAUUAAUGGUUAUUCGGUUUGGGUAAUCGAAAUGAAAGCGUAUUAAAAGACUGACGAACACAUUUUCAAUAUUGGGUACUGAAAAACGUUCGAUCGAUAGUGAUAGAAUAUUAUGUUUCCAAUUGACAUGAAGUCCUUAGGUUGUUUCAUUCACUUCCUCUCUUUUGUAAACAAACUGAAUAUUGUAAAAUAAUUUGAGAGAGACUACACUGUUAGCUGUGAUCUACAAUAUGGAGAUAAAAGUGACAUUAAAUAUAUCAUUUGUCUAAUCAUGUAGCUGAAUGAUGCGUCGAGAGAGCAUAGCUCAUUCUGUAAUUUCUUAAUAAGCUGAAAUAUCAGUCUCCAAUUGUGAGCCAUUCCUUGGAGACCGCUUAGUAGUUGUAUAAGACUGUAGGUAUUCUACAAAAGUCAUUGAAAUAGGUUUUUUCUCUUUAUGGAUCAUUCGAGUGUUGUAGAAAGAGCAAAUAAUAUCACAAUGCUGCAAAUCAAGACAAUUUUCCGAAUGAAAAAUUGAAUCAUAGUAGAAGUUGCAAUUAGAACAUUUAUUACAUGCUCAUUAUUUCUGAAAAUUGGGUCGACUAGAAUCUGAAUUAUACCCCAAAGAAUUAUAUAGAAAUCUUUACGAUACUUACGAGCUAUAUAUGUGUUCCUUUAGUGAUAACAAUAAUUACACCACAUCAUGAUUAUUUUUCUCUGAUGAUCAUAUGAUUCAGAUUCUGGUCGUUAAGCCCCUUUUGUACUCGCAACGAUCAAAGCCGUGGUUUCAUAUCGAGAAAAACAAUCCGAUUUCAAGUAAUCAACUCGGCUACUGUUUUUCUGAUGAUUAUUUUUCGAGUGAUCGUUGAAAACGUAGCGUAUAAGCACAUGACAUAGGUGAAUCUAUUAGUUAGUUCAUAUUCUUGUAAAUUUCAUUUUAACAUGUGUAAAUAUGUAGAAAGUGCCUCUCACAAACUGGCGCAACUCUGUUGAAAUAAGUUUUGAAAUCGUUUCUUGUUUUAUUUGUUGAGAAUUUGUUUCCAGUUGAUAAUAAAGCUUAAUUUUUGAA